AUGGACAACACUUUAUUCAUCAACAAGUUCUUACUAUUCAACGACAAUAUGUCAUUGAUAAGUGGUGUUGUUGGCAAUAUAAUCCUCAUUUAUUUGCUCAAAACUCAAACUUCAAAGUUAAUGAAACAUUACGCAAGACUACUAAUUUUACACUGCAUUACUGAUUUACUGUACUUAAUUAUUGGGUACGUGCAGAAACAUGUAAGUAUGGGGAAAGGUCGGGUGACAUUCAUGUGUGAAUAACAUGUGACUUUCAUGUGACAUAUGAUAGCUAUAAAAAAGUUCUACCUUAUCCUACCCUACCGUUUUUUGCCUUGCCUUGCCUUGCCUUGCCUUGCCUUGCCUUGCCUUGCCUUGCCUUGCUUUGCCUUGCCUUGCCUUGCCUUGCUUUGCCUUGCCUUGCCUUGCCUUGCCUUGCCUUGCCUUGCCUUGCCUUGCCUUGCCUUGCCUUGCCUUGCCUUGCCUUGCCUUGCCUUGCCUUGCCUUGCCUUGCCUUGCCUUGCUUUGGCUUGCUUUGCCUUGCCUUGCCUUGCCUUGCCUUGCCUUGCCUUGCCUUGCCUUGCCUUGCCUUGUUUUGCCCUGCCCUGCCCUGCCCUGCCCUGCCCCACCUAUCUUACCCCCACGUUACUUUACCCCCUGUCCGUACGGUACAGUAACUUAAUCUCCAUUACUUUGUCUCGCUCCAUCCUACCCUCUUUCACAAAGAAGUUAUUUUAGGAGGUAUACGCCUUUGAUGGAGUAGUAUUCAUGACAAUAAACGGCCUUACUACCAGCUUCAGUAAAUACGUGUCUGGCUGGAUUACUACGAUGAGUUUUUACAUGGAAAUGAUGGAGUUGGCUAUGAUGAUCUUUGACUUCUUUUAUCGAUAUAACUCAAUUUGCAGGUAAGAAUGACACUAUUUAAAAAAUUUAAACCUAAAAAAUUUUCGAAAAUUUUUAAAAUUUUAAAAAAAUUUAAAAUUUCAUGCUUUGCUCUGUAAACAAAGUUUCUUCCAAUUUUUUCAAAAACUUUAAAACUCUUUUUCAGAAACUACAUAAUGUCAGAUCGUCAACUCUACACUUCGGUAACUGUAAUUUACAUUGUGGUGUUUAUCCAAGCCGUACCACCAUUUCGAAUGUCACAAGUAAUGGAAACAGAAUAUCAUGACAAUUUACUACGUCAGUAUCUGGGCUAUGUGCCUUAUUACUGCGCUGCUAAAAAUGUAUGUUGAACUUGAGUUUAACUUCUUUUAAAGCUUGAUUUAGAGUAACAGGAUAAGCCUAAAAAGUCCCAAUUUUGACUUUCAAAGCCUAUAAAUAAGCUUAAUAGCUAAAGUUUUAACUUAUAAGCCUAAAAAUCAAAAGCCUUAAUUUUAACCUCAUUCUAGACCCCAUUCGAUCGCACCAUGGUACUUUCUUCAACAGUGCUGACAAACCUUUUCUGUGUCUUUUGCUUCAUGCUAGUUUUGUGGAAAAUCAACCGGUUUUUAAAAGUCAACCGAUGCGUUGUCAAAUCAACCAGAUCAGCUGAAAUUGAAAAACAAAUCACUAGGCUUUUUCUUGUUCAGGUAAGUAAUAUAACCUAGUCUUAGUCCUAGACAAAGCUAUAACUAAGGAAAGGUACAGGUCCUAGUCCAGAGUCCAGACCCAGAGCCCUAGCCCAGAGCCCUAGCCCAGUGCCCUAGCCCAGAGCCUUAGCCCAGAGCCUAAGCCCAGAGUCCUAGGCCAGAAUGUCAGCCCAAAACUCUACCCCCAAAGCCCUAGCCUAGAGCCCUCGUCCAGAGCCCUAGUCUAGAUCCCUAGCCCGGAGCCCUUGCCCAGAGCCCUAUCCCAGCGCCCUAGCCCAGAGCCCUAGCCCAGAGCCCUAGCCCAGAGCCCUAGCCCAGAGCCCUAGCCCAGAGCCCUAGAUCAGAGCCCUAGCCCAGAGCCCUAGCCCAGAGCCCUAGCCCAGAGCCCUAGCCCAGAGCCCUAGCCCAGAGCCCUAGCCCAGAGCCCUAGCCCAGAGCCCUAGCCCAGAGCCCUAGCCCAGAGCCCUAGCCCAGAGCCCUAGCCCAGAGCCCUAGCCCAGAGCCCUAGCCCAGAGCCCUAGCCCAGAGCCCUAGCCCAGAGCCCUAGCCCAGAGCCCUAGCCCAGAGCCCUAGCCCAGAGCCCUAGCCCAGAGCCCUAGCCCAGAGCCCUAGCCCAGAGCCCUAGCCCAGAGCCCUAGCCCAGAGCCCUAGCCCAGAGCCCUAGCCCAGAGCCCUAGCCCAGAGCCCUAGCCCAGAGCCCUAGCCCAGAGCCCUAGCCCAGAGCCCUAGCCCAGAGCCCUAGCCCAGAGCCCUAGCCCAGAGCCCUAGCCCAGAGCCCUAGCCCAGAGCCCUAGCCCAGAGCCCUAGCCCAGAGCCCUAGCCCAGAGCCCUAGCCCAGAGCCCUAGCCCAGAGCCCUAGCCCAGAGCCCUAGCCCAGAGCCCUAGCCCAGAGCCCUAGCCCAGAGCCCUAGCCCAGAGCCCUAGCCCAGAGCCCUAGCCCAGAGCCCUAGCCCAGAGCCCUAGCCCAGAGCCCUAGCCCAGAGCCCUAGUUUUAGAGCCUCAGCCCAGAAUCCCAACUCUAGCCCAGCUUUAGCUCUGGCUUCAACUCAUGCCACAGUUAUAGUCCAGAACAGACCAACAACCCAUUCAUAGCCCCAGCCGAAUUUAGCCCAGCUGCAACCCGAGCCCCUGUUCCAGCUCCAAACACAGUUCCAGCAUCCGCUCUGGAUCCUAGCUUUAGCUUCAGCUUUACCUCUAGCUCUAGUUCCCGCCCCAGCAGUAAUUCCAAUCUCAGCCCCAGCUCUAGCCCAAGUCUUAGUCCUAGCUCUAGCCCUAGUUCUAGCUCUUUGGGUUUUAAUAAUGCUACAUAGUUUUAUACUAUCAUUAAUCUUUUUAGCCUAAAAAUCUAAGCUUUAUUAUAACAACUCUAAACCUUACACUAGUUAUUAUCUAUAUAAUUCUAAUUUAAAUUCUAAUCAACGCAAUUUCAGAACCUAAUCCCCAUCUUCGUGCUAUCAAUCCCCUUACUCUGCCUGAUCUCCUUCGCUUUUUUCGGAUUCAACUUCGUACUCUUGGGCAAGAUAACACGUGGAAUUUUGUGUUGGACGGGAGCGGCCAAGUCAUUGGCUGCGAUUUGCGUUACACCAACAUUUCGUCGAACAUUUUGUGAAAUCUUGGGGUUCGAAGUCAAACGACGACACUCGGUGUUCUCUACUCAAACACGGUCGUUAAAUAACCGGAGGGUCAGUGAUCGGUUCUGA